AUGAGACGAAUUUUGUCCACACUGGCUUGUUGCCUCCUUCCCCUAAUCGCAUCCGCGGAAGGAGACGCGAAAUACAAUGCUUCUCUCCCAUUCCGACCGAGCAAUAUUACAGGACUAAGUGAUAUCUAUCUUUGGGUUGGAUCGUAUUACAAUGCCACAACGAAGAUAGAGUUCACGCCCGAGAUCGGAUCGACAAUCAACGAGUCUGUAUGCGAAAAUCUCCAAGGCCAAACAUUCACUGCGGAAUAUGAGUCUUUCCUCGCUAUCACUGAGAGGGGCCCUUACAAUCUGGGAUCAAACCCAGUCAAUACCCUCUUGACCCUUUGGCACUCAGAUGCAAACCUUACCUCACUCUCCGGGUUACCAUGGUCCUCCUCGUCCCUAGAAUGGUAUCUCGAGUCAGCCCCAACCGUAUCUUCCAUCAACAAAGAUAUCUUCAAUUUGACCAUGUCGCCAGACACUAAAGGACCUCCAUACAAACUAACAGGAGCCAUCAAGGACGCAGACUUGAUGGUGACUGGUUUUGACAUGGAUCUCAAGCCCUGCAACACUUCCACUGAGAUCAGCCGGAAUCAGAUGACGCUCGUUGAUCGUGAUUGGUCUAAUAAUGCUGGUUGGAACUGGACAUAUCCCAUGGUUGACGUUCAAUUUGAUAGCCGAACGGCCAAUUUCACCUUGAAUGGAUAUGCCGCUGGGUUUCCCUAUCCGAUCAAUCCCAGAGGGUCAAUGGGUCGGGAUGAGGUACAGGGGAAGAUCAAGGUGUCCUUCUUCGGGGUCAUCGACUCUUACCACUCCGAUACUUUGGUCAAUAGCAGCUCAACGCCCACUUGGCUUCGAACCGUCGGGUUUGGAAACAACUCCGCGAAUAUAGGCUAUGGUAAUGGCUCUCUUGGCUCGCCCCGUCCAUUGCACUGGGGAGCUGUUGCGGUUUGCUCUGUUGUUUCCUUGGCUUUUAUGUACUUCUAA